AUGGAAAACGAAAAACAUGAGAAUAUGUUACUAGCCAUUGCUCGCGAUUUCCAUUCGAUAGACGAUUUAAUAGAAGUUUUUUUAUCAUUUUUAGAAAAUAAAACUGAUUACUUUCAUUUAAUGCUUAAUGAUGAUGAUAUUGAUACGUUGUCCAAAAAAUAUGAUGGUGAUAUAAAGAAAGCCAUUUUAAAUAAUAAUAAGUGUGGAUUUAAUGCGCAUAGCAGAGAACAGGGUUUAAUGAAAUUAUUUAGAAAACACCAAUUAAAUUAUAUGAUUAAGAAACAGCCAUAUAUAAUCGAAAAUGAAGAAAUAAGAAAUAAAUAUUUACCACCAUGUGAUGAAUUAAAAAAAUUGAAUAGUGCAAAAUUCUGUGAAGUAAAAAAUAUACAAAAAGAUGUCGAGAAAACUGUAAAAAGAGCUGUGCCACCAAUAAGCGACACUGCAGAUGAAAAUCACAUAUCAACAUGGAAUGGUGGGCAAACAGAAAAAUACUUCUGGAAUCAGGCGUUAAAUGAAAUAAACAUAGAAAUGCCCCUGCACACGGAAAUAAAAACCAGUGAAGUUAACGUUGAUAUUUCGAAUAAAAAUAUUAAAGUGUAUCACAAAAAUAAAUUAAAACUAGAGGGCACAUUCUAUGAAGAGGUGAACAAACAGGAAUGUGUAUGGAGCAUAGAGGAUAAGAAAAAGUUAAUAAUUUUUUUGGAAAAAAAAAGAGAGAACUGGUGGCCAUGUGUAAUAAAGGGUGAUCCGGAAAUAGACACAUCAAAAAUCGAAUCAAAAAAGAACUUAGGAGACUUUGACGAAAAAACACAAGGAGAAAUAAGAAAAUUUUUGCAUAAUCAUAAAAUAAAAAAUGAAGGAAUUGAUUCACCUCAAGUAUUAAGAGAGCAGACUAUUCUGAAAAAUAUCAUGGGUAGCAAAGGAAAUGCUUUUAUGAAAUAA